CUUCAAUGGAGAAGAGUAAUGAUGGCCUACGAGUGGUUCUCUUUCCACUUCCAAUACAAGGCUGCAUCAAUCCCAUGAUUCAGCUCGCCAAGAUCCUACGCUCGAGAGGUUUCUCCAUCACAGUAAUCCACACGCGCUUCAACGCUCCAAAAGCUUCAAGCCAUCCUCUCUUCACUUUCUUAGAGAUACCAGACGGCUUGUCUGAAACAGAGAAAAGAACUGAUGAUAAGACUUUUCUCUUCACUCUUCUCAACCAAAGAUGUGAGGCUCCGUUUCAUGACUGUUUGGCUAAGCUUUUGGUAUCUUCAGAUUCAGAAACACAGAGGAUUAGCUGUUUGAUCCAUGACUCUGGAUGGACCUUCACACCAUCCGUAACAAAGAGCUUGAAACUCCCGAGACUGGUUCUCAGCACGUACACAGUCUCCUUUUUUCUCAACCAUUUUGCUCUUCCUAAGCUCCGACAUGAAGCGUCUCAAGAUUCAGAACAAGACGACCUAGUUCAGGAGUUUCCACCACUUCGAGAGAAUGAUCUUGUACGGCUUCUGAAAGAAAAAAGGGAGUACUUAGAACCCUACUUGAAUAUGAUGUUGGAAGCAACAAAGUCGUCUUCAGGCAUUAUAUUCAUGUCCUGCGAAGAGUUGAACCAAGACUCAUUACCUAAGGCACGUGAAGACUUCAAAGUACCAAUCUAUGCGAUAGAACCAUCUUUUAGCAACUUUCCAGCUUCGUCCAGUAGCUUGUUCACACAAGACGAGACUUGCAUUCCAUGGUUAGACAAACAGGAAGACAAGUCCGUAAUUUACGUGAGUUUCGGUAGCCUCGCUACCAUGACCGGACCAGAGUUGAUUGAGAUUGCUUGUGGUCUAAGAAACAGCGGCCAACAGUUCUUGUUGGUUGUUCGGGUUGGUUUGGUCAAAGGAACGGAAUGGAACGAGGUGAUCCCCGAAGAGCUCAAGGCAACGCUUAAUGAGAAGGGAAAGAUAGUGAAAUGGGCACCGCAACAAGAGGUUUUAAAGCAUCGAGCAAUCGGAGGAUUCUUGACACACAAUGGCUGGAACUCGGUGGUUGAGAGUGUUUGUGAAGGCGUCCCUAUGGUCUGUUUGCCUUUUAUAUGGGACCAGUUUCUAAAUGCAAGACUUGUUAGUGGUGUUUGGAGGGUAGGGCUGCAUCUAGAGCAUCGGAUUGAGAGAAAUGAGAUCGAGAGUUCGAUAAGGAGUUUGUUUUUUGGAAAUGAAGGGGAAGCAAUCCGAGAGAGGAUGAGACUUCUUCAAGAGAAAGUUGGAAGAUCGGUUAAAGAAAACGGUUCGGCGUCUCGAGCUUUAGAGAGUUUGAUUGAUCAUAUAUCAUCUUUCUAG